GAAGAGUUUUUGAGUUCUACAAAGCAACUGUGAUGACUGGGUCGGGGUCAGUCCACCCGUUCAGGGCCACCCUGGAUUGACGAUGUCCUCCCCCGCCCUCUACGUCAUUGCUUUGCUGCUGCUCUUUUCUACUCUUCCCUUCCACUGACUGUCUAUCUAUCUUGUUCCCCAAAUCCCCACCCCCAACAACCUUUACUACUUGUUUUUGUUUCUCUGGACAUUCUAAUUUAACUUCAUCUAAGCUUCCUUCCAACAAUUCCGCGAUGUCUCUCAGUUCCGCGACCGGUAACCUGGCUGGCCGUCCGCCCAAGCUGGCCAACGACCUCAAAUCGACCGUCCAGCAAACGCAGGACACCACCACGCAAACCGCCACUCGGUUGCCCGACUCGGUCCUCCCCGGCGAAUAUCCCGGCGAACCAGAUCACAUUCACGAUGCGCAGCGCGACGACGCCAACAGUGGGCCGGUGCUCGCGCCCCUCCAGCAGUGGUGUCGCCAGUCCCUGCCCCGUCUGCUCGAUCGCUUCGAAGCCCAUCUCGCCUGGCUGCUCUCCUGGAUCCUGCCGGCGCCGCGCCAGGCCUGGCUCUACGAUGAGGCCGCGCGCCGUCCCGCCAGCACCACCUUCCUCGUCUGUCAGGCCAUCUGUUGCGGCGUGCCCUUACUCGUCUUCCUUGCGGGCGUCUUCGUCUUUGCUGCGGUCGCCAUUGUUCUCUGGGCGAUACUGUCGGUGCUCAUUCUGGGACCGGUGCUCCUGGUGGCGAGUAUGAUGGGCGUGUCACUGUGGGGUUGGGGCUGGCUGCUGUACGGCCUCAUCAAGUGGAUCGAUCAGAAAUACCUGGGCGGGUUGAUCUCUCGGUUCUGGCUCUCGCGUAUGCCAUCGCCGGAGGGUCAGGAUCAGGAGUCAGCAGAAGGACAGGAUGGAACACAAGAGAAGAAAGCACAGUAGGGGAUUGGUGAUGUUGAUUGUUUAUUUCUUUUCCGUGGUGAUUCAUAAUUCUCUUCUUGCUACUUGAGUGUAUUCAUGCUUCUUUUGUAUCUAUAGUAGGUCAGUUCUAUCCAGAAUGUAUAUAUUGGUUGGAGCAGUCCCUCUACUUGGUUGUGCUAGUAAUACUACUAGUGACUCGUUCAACAGGUCCUUGGUGUGCACAUAGUUCAUUAGUUAACUGCAUACUAUAUAAAAUAAUAUAAGAUCUAUUAGCAAGUCACUAUUAUGAUAUUAUG